UUCAAAUGAAAACCUUUCAUUUUUUUGAAAAAAAAAGGGCAAAAAAAAAUCGCUUCGGGUUCUUCCUCCAUCUUUAACCGUCCUGAGGGGUGAAUGAGUGAGUGAGUGUGAGACACAUAGUGACUGGGUAUUACUGUAGAGAGGGCGAGAGAGAGAGAGAGAGAUUGGGGGAAACACUGACGGGGAGAGAUAUACAGCGAGAGAGGCAGAGAGAGGAGAGAGAUUAGUCGGAAGAUUGUGAGACCGAUAGAAAGAGGGAUAUACAGUGGGAGAAACUAACGGACAGAGAAAGAAUACAGUGGUGGCAGAAAGUGAAAGAGACGGGCAGAGGGUAGAAGAAUAGCAGAGGAGAGGGAGAGGGACGGGAUUACUAUUGCUGACGGGCAGAGUGAGGGCGAUAGUGAGUGCGUUAGUGAGUGUGAGCGGGAGGGAGGUUGGCAGUGUGUGGAGGGAGGCCUAUGUCUCAGUGAGGCUCGGCCAUGCCUGUGCUGGAGCUGCUGUGGCGGGCUCUGCACGCGCUGCUGGCGCUUCGCAGGGCUGUGGGCUCGUGGCUGCGCGGUGGAAUGCGGGCCUGGGAGCGCUGGAACUCGGCCCUGGCGCUGGCGUUCCAGGGCGCGCGGAGGAACAGGCGGAGGAGCCGCGCCGCGCGCUGCCGCUCCGACUCGCGCCGCCUCAGGAAGCUGCCGCUGCACCUGGGCGUGGUGGUGGCCGACGAGGAGCCCAGCUACGCCGACAUCGCCAACCUGGUCGUCUGGUGCAUGGCUAUGGGCAUCUCCUAUGUCAGUGUCUAUGACAACCAAGGUAUUUUCAAGAGAAACAACUCUAGGCUAAUGGAAGAAAUCUUAAAACAGCAACAAGAAUUGCUAGGUCUAGGCUGUUCCAAGUACCCUGUUGAAUUUUUAAAUAACAGUAACAACAAAGUAGACCAAGUUUUAACUUGUCCGACUACAGUGAAAGUACUAUCACCCGAUGACGGGAAAGAAGAUAUAGUGAAAGCUGCCAAGACAUAUUGUCAAUUAGUUGCUCAACACCAGCGAAGGUCCAACGAUCUAGAUGUGAAUGUUUUGGAUAGUUUACUUAGAGGUACUGCAGGUUUACCCGAUCCUGAUCUAGUUUUGAAGUUUGGUCCUGUGGACAGCACUCUAGGAUUUCUACCUUGGCACAUCAGACUUACUGAAAUAAUAUCCUUGCCUUCUCACAUCAAUCUAAGUUAUGAAUACUUUUUUUCUGCCAUCCAACGCUUUGCAGUCUGUGAGCAACGUAUGGGAAAAUGACCAGAAGACAUGGAAUCAAUUCCAGGCUUCAGUCAAAGGGACCCAAUGUUUACAAGCACCUGUGAACCAUUGAAGCCCGGUUCAGUGUCUAUUUAUCAAUUGAAGAUAUUAAACAUUCUUCUGUGUCCAGAUGUUCUGUAAGUGUCUGUAAGGGUCAAUCUGUGUAACAGUGAGCAAAUCUGGGCUUGACAACAGUAGUUUGGCAUUCCCAAAUGGGACCUGUACGUCCAAAAGGUUUCAGUACUGUAUGUCAUUGGACUCUUCUUCCCUGGAUGAUAUGGACAAACAAUCUUUCUACAAUGCCUUGCACUAAACGUGUGUUGAGUAAAUGUAUUGACUUCUUGCAAUUUAUAAAAUAUAGAUUUCAACAUAACCUGCACAGUUUUAAUUGCCUGGAAUUUAGCCUUAAACUAAAGUCUACACCAGGGAUAUUUGCUCAUAUUCAGGAAAAUACUACUAAAAGAUUUAAAGGCAGCUAAUUUUUCUUUGUUUACAAAGCUUUAUCAGUAUGGAAAUUGGGUUUUACGAAGGAAAGCGACUGCACUAUUCCAUUCUAGCAUUGUGAUCUGCUCAGUUUGUACUUUGCUUUAUGUGGUGGAGUUGCGCAAUGUGUUCAUUGGUGCCCUUUACACCAGGGUUGUAGACCAAUGUGUGAUUCUAUAUUAGCUGCAGAAUAAAUUGGACUAAAUAAAUGACUUUUGUUUUUCCCCAUUUCCAGUGAUUAUAAUUGAUCUUCAACCAUUUUGUUUUGUUUCUGUGGGAUGGAUCUAUUGAAAAUUAAUGGUAGGUGAGGGGUUAUGUUUGAAUUCAAGCACAUACAAAACAAAGGAUGUCUAGGGGAGCAUUGCAAGGGAUUGCAAUAAUACAAUUUUAAGGGUUUGGAUUGCAUAAACAGUGAUGCUCAAUUGGUUUAUAAUCAGAAUAUCAAUAUGGAUUACUGUUUUUAAUCGCCUUUGAAGUAUUUAUUUAUAUAACGCAGCAUAUAAAAAAAAAUGCAAUAUUUUUUGUACGUCCAGAAAUCCAGAGGACUUGAUCUCUGAGCUCCAUGAGUUUGUUCCAUAAUGCAGAUGCUCUGAUGUGUAACUUCAUUAACAUUUGUGACCUGAGCAGAUGUAUGGGUACAUGUGUCUGUAUAGCAUUGUUAUGGUUUUGCAGUGUUCUGGUAUUGCAAGAGUAUUGUUGUGUAAAAGAUAAUGCUUUGAGUAUAAUUGUCAAAUUGCAACAAAUUACAGAAAAGUAAAUCCAUUAUCUGUGUCAUCAAAGUGGCAGAUGAUAUGGUAUGAUCCUGAUAUGAUGGUGUCGUAACUGUCACCUAUCAAUGCAGGGAAGAGGAGCUUGUGAAUCCAGUGAUGUACGUGUUAUUUGGGUUGAUGCCAAAUCUUCAUUUUCUUCAGUAAUUAACCUGGAACAAGUAAACAUAGCAUCAUUAAUUGGAAAUGCUAAAUAUAUUGGGGAAAGGGAGGGUUGUGUUCCUGUUGAGAACUGAGAUAAAUGGCUAUUAUUCAGUGCAUAUGGCAUUGGCUUGGCCUGUGUACCUGUAAUUCAAAUAAUUGAAUGAAAAUGUUUUUAUGAUUUAAAAAUAAAUGGAAAGCAUCUACUAUUUGUAUGAGAAGAUACAAGAUACAGGUCCACAAUGUAUACUCUCCUUGUACAAAAUUAAAAGUGUUUCUUUUGUCAUGGCAAGUAAGAUGGCAAAAGUAAUUUCUAUUUUUUAGAGCAUCAACUCCUAUUAGAUAAGCAUGGUUAUUAAUCAAAAUGUUUAAAAGGCUGCUAAGGGAAUAGCAGUUUAUUAUUGGUACUGUGACAUUUUCAGCUUGUAAUUGACGAUAAAAUUCUGCGGCUAUAAAGAGAAAAUGGUGUGAAUGUGGAUGGAUGGCUAGUUUCUUUUUGAUUAAAAUUCUUUUGCACAGGUCACAAUGUUAUCUCCUUGUGUUAUACAUUUAAGUCCAGUUCUAUCUGAUUCAACUGUCCAUGAAAUGUAGCAUAACAGAUAUUUUCAUAACCAUUUGGUUAAAUUUACUCAUAUUUUGGGAAAGGGGAAAAAGGAGCAUUACCUAUUCUUAGUAAACAGUGCCAAAUACACUGUGAUAUCCAAAUGAUGCGCUAUGAAUGUACAAUCGACUUAAGCAUUUAUCUAAUGCUGUAUUGUUAAAAUUGGACACGCGAUGGUAUACAGAUCAGACUUGGCUUCUUCAUUUCACAAAGUUUGUAGUCGCUGGCUGCUUGUACAUAAAAUGUAAAACCAAUUUUUACAAAUUAGAAAACGUCUUGGAUUUUAUUAUGAAUGGAAUAUGCUCUGUACCUGUAUAAUGACAGAUGAACAAAUACAAUUUCCAUCUUGCAA